GCUUUUGGUCUGGCGUUUAAAGGAAUAUUAUUACUUUGUCUCUCGACAUUUCUUAUAAAGAUUAAAGCAAGUCUCAUAGACGAGAGUUUUGUCGUUCAGAGGAAGAAAGUAAAUUUCUCUGUCCGGUUUUCUCAUUUAAAGAUUUUUUUUCACGUUUUGAUUUGGUGGAUAGACUCAUGUUUAAAGGAGUGAGUUCUUCAAGGAAAACAGUCCGUUCAAUUUUCAUUAUAAUUGUGAACAAUAUACACAUGUUUUUCCUAUUUUCUUGUUUAGUUUACGUAGUGUGGACGUUAUCUAACCAUGGUAGUGAUGGAUAUACAGGAACCGGACUGGUUACAGAGAGUAAUCAAUAUUUCGGAAAUAGCCUGAAAGGAUAUAAUGAAUCAACAGAUGUGGUUGAGAAGGAGUCAGUCCAUAGGGAAGGAAAAACUAGAUACGAUCUUCCAGAUGAAGAAACGUUAAGGGCAGCUCUGAAUCUUCCCAGAAUUCGUAAUGGUUAUCACAGGCGUCGUAAAAAUAAGGAGAGAUCGUCCAAAACAUCAAGACGUAACCGAGGAUCCGUUGAUAGAAAUGGCAGAAGAAGGAAGAAAAAUAGAAAACCAAACAUGAAAGAGAAAACGUCUGAUCAGGGGACGUGGAGUGAAUGGGGACAAUGUAACAAGACGUGUGGAGUUGGACAGCAAGAAAGAUGGCGAGCUUGUGGCGUGAACUGUAAAGAAAUUGAAUCCAAACCAUGUUUAUCAACAACUUGUCCGGAUUCAGCAAAUUCAAAAUGGACAGAGAAAUGGGAAUAUUAUGAAAUAUUCAACAAGGAGGAAGCAAAUCUUGUUAAUAAAG